CCCCCCCCCGCCAGCCUCUCCAAAGCAGGGCGCAUCAGCAGCGGCGGCUGCAACGGCAGCGGGGCGGCUCCCCGUACGGCCGCGGCUCCGCCCCGGAGGCCGGCGGGGGAGUCGGCUGGCUGGCUCGCACGCUGGCUGGCGGGGAACAUGGCUGAAGUCGGCGAGGACGGGCGCGGCGGCGGCGGCGGCGGCGGCGGGGCCGGAGGAGCCUUGGUGGCGCUGCGCUCGGCGCCCUGCAGCCCCGCCGCGCCCCAGCCGCUGCCUCCGCCGCUGCUGCUGCCGCUGGUCCCCGCGGCUCCUUCCUCGUCCGCCACCUCCGGCGGGGCGCCGCUGGCCCGGCUGCAGGGCCGCGACUUCGAGUUCCUGAUGCGCCAGGCGGCGGUGAGCAUCGGGCGCAACUCCUCGCAGGGCGCGGUGGACGUGCACAUGGGCCACUCCAGCUUCAUCUCCCGCCGGCACCUGGAGCUGGCCUUCUGCGCCCCGCACUUCUUCCUCCGCUGCCUCGGCAAGAACGGCGUCUUCGUUGACGGGGCCUUCCAGCGGCGGGGAGGGACGCCCCUCCAGCUGCCCCCGCAGUGUGUUAUCCGGUUUCCCAGCACGGUCAUCAAAAUCCAAUUUACGUCCCUCUACCAUCGAGAGGAGGCAAGAGAGGACGCGGCAUCUCCUCCGCUACGGCCUCUCUACCCACAGAUCUCACCGCUUAAGAUCCACAUUCCGGAGCCGGAUCUGCAGAACCUGGUCAGCCCCCUGCCUUCUCCCACUGGCACCAUCAGUGUCCCUAAUUCCUGCCCAGCUAGUCCUCGAGGUGCUGGUUCCUCAGGUUAUCGCUUUACCCACAACGUUACCUCUGACCUCCAACUGGCUGCCGAAUACGCAGCGAAAGCUACUUUGGAACAGCAGACGGAGGCCUCCGGCGGAGACAGCCCAAAGGAUGAGUCGAAGCCACCAUAUUCCUACGCCCAGCUCAUUGUUCAAGCUAUCUCGUCAGCUCAGGACAAGCAACUAACACUAAGUGGCAUCUAUGCUCACAUUACGAAGCAUUAUCCGUAUUACAGGACAGCUGAUAAAGGUUGGCAGAAUUCCAUCCGGCACAACCUGUCCUUGAACCGAUACUUUAUUAAAGUCCCCCGUUCUCAGGAAGAGCCGGGAAAGGGCUCUUUUUGGCGGAUAGACCCUCCUUCGGAAGGCAAGCUAGUGGAGCAGGCGUUCCGAAAACGGAGGCAAAGAGGGGUGUCCUGCUUCCGUACGCCGUUUGGACCUCUUUCUUCCCGGAGCGCCCCUGCUUCCCCUACUCACCCCGGCCUGCAGACUCCCGAGUGUGUGUCGAGAGAAGGCUCCCCGAUUCCUCACGACCACGACUUUGGUUCUAAGCUUGCUUCUGUCCCCGAGUAUCGAUAUUCACAAAGUGCUCCUGGAUCCCCCGUAAGUGCCCAGCCGGUGAUCAUGGCUGUCCCUCCCAGGCCUUCUGCGCUGGUGGCCAAACCAGUCGCCUACCUGCCCGCCUCCAUCAUGACCUCUCAACAGCCUUCAGGCCACGCAGUCCACGUGGUCCAGCAAGCCCCCACUGUUACAAUGGUCCGAGUUGUGACGACUUCGGCCAGCUCAGCCAAUGGCUACAUCUUGACCAACCAGGGGCCAGCUGGGAGCACCCACGACGCAACAGGGGCUGUCCUGGACUUGGCUGGUGAGCCUCGGGGUAGUAUCAUGUCCCCAGAAUGGCAAAGAUCUAGUCUCGCCUUAGCCACGAAAGCCAACUGGGUGGCUUUGGGCCAAUCACCAGGUGACGGGUUGGACGAGAAGCCCACCAUCGCCUUUGCUGCCAUACCAACCGCCAGUCGUGUCAUCCAGACGGUGGCCAGUCAAAUGGGUCAGGGCAUCCCCGGACAGACAGUCACCAUCCUGCAGCCGGCCACCCCCAUGGCCCUCGGACAGCACCAGUUACCUGUCCGCACGGUGACCCAAAACGGAAAGCAUGCCAUUCCCACGAACAGCUUAAGCAGUGGGACCUACGCUCUCUCCAACCCCUUGCAAGUACUUGCAGCUCAAGCCAGUUCCUCCACCCCCGUGGUCAUCAGCCAGACAAGAGAAGGCGUGGUGAAAGAUCCCGAAGAGGUUUUGAGAGAACCCGAUAUCAAACGACCCCGAAUCGAAGACUCGAGAGUGGUCACGGCCUUGCAAACUGGCGUCAUCACCUCCACAGCCCCCUCGGGACAAUCCGCUGGAGAAUGAUGCCGGCGGGAAGAUUGGAAAAUCACCCGACGCACCGUGGGAGAAAAAAAUAUCUCUUCUUUAUUUUUUAUUUUUCCCUCCUAGCAGAAAUCUUUUCUUUCUGCAGCUAUUAACACCUGGAUCAUUUCAGUGGGGGGUUUUUUUUGUUGUUCUUUUUUUUUAAAAAAAAAAUCUCCUUUUGAACAUUUGGAAAGACGGGCCAGCGUUUGUCAAGAUUGUCGAGGUGCCAAAUGAAUUGGGCAAAAAAAAAAAAAAAGAUUUUUUUCCCCCCAUCUUUCUGGACCCGAAGGAAUGAAUUUCCUCCUGUUUUUUCACUUCAGAGAUUUUCCUUUUUUUUUUUCUUUCUUUCUUUUGAGAUUUUUAAAAAAACAACAACAGAGAGACGCAGACCGUUUUGAUUGUUUGGGAUAAUUUCUCUAUCCCCUCCUCGCCUUCCUUCAUUUUCAUCCCUUCCUUGUGUUUUUUUUUUUUCCCCCUUUUACGCAUGGUAGUUUUAUGUGCGAGCGUACUAAAAAAAAAAAAUGCAGGAGAGAGGGCACGAACUUCAGGUGGGAACAUCUGACCUCAAAAAACAGGUUAUUGUUAUUAUUAUUAUUAUUAUUUUCCCACUCUCCGAGGAAGAGAAGUGCAUCAAUUUUGUUUCUCGGAACUCCCAACUUUACAAAAAAAUGAUUUGCAAAAAAAAGAAAAAAAAGAAAGAAAAAUUACUCGCAAAGCAAUAUCACACUUCGGUAACUGCCACCUAAAACGGCAGAUACGUGUUUAUAUUUCCUUUGUAUGGCCUACAUGCAGUCCGAUUCACCUUCUGACAAGGGGGAGUCAUAUCCCUCUCCAAAACCACGAUUCCAGAGCACAGUAAAAUUAGCUUAUCCCAGUUAGAUGGCUUCGAAAUGCAUCCGAAGCCUCUACUUCCCAGAAUUCUUAGCCUACUGGACAGAUUUGGAGGGGGGGGAUUCUGGGAAAUCAUAGUCACAGCCUACCUCGUUGGAAUGGCUGACCUAUACAGCACUUGGCCCCACACAGGUGCCUUUUUUGGAGAAAGAGAGAAAAGCUUAUUUCAAUCCUUGUCUGUUGAAUGAAAAACAGCCAAUUGUGGUAAGAAGGUCCGAAGUUUGUGGAUCUUUUUAAGAACGGCCACCACACCUGCAGGCUUUUAAAGCAACCACAUUGAUUUCAUUCCUGCUGAAUUUUUGACAAGAGAAGGAAUAGAAUUUUUAAAACAUUUUUAACCUUUAAAAGACACUUCCCCGGAGCGCUCCUGUUGUGUUACGGUCCGAGCGUUGGACUUUCGUCUAACCCGAGACCAGGUUGAAAAAGCAUGAAACUCCCCUGGAUAAACCUUGGACCAGCCGUUGUUUUGUUUCAGCCUAACCUACCUCGCAGGGUUGUUGUGAGGACAAAGGGGUGAGGGGAGUUAUGUAUGCCACCUUGAGCUUGGAGGAAAGGCGGAAUAAAAAAUAAAUACCCAUAAUAAAUCAA